GAGACUAACCUUGGCACGAGGUUUGUAAAGUUUCAUACAGACGGAUACGAUAGCUUUACAAACAGUAUCUGGAUUAUACACUUUAAAAAACACAAGUGGCCUUUGAACAGCAAUCCUGCUUUAAUUGUCAGUCUAAUUUUGUACGAGGUUGUUGUUAACAACACAUCUUGGAACUAAAAGCUGCAUAUAAAUCGUCGAAGGUGAAAUGAAAACCCUGGAGAAUGAUUAAGAUUUGACACUUUAAAUCUGAAUUCAGAGGAAAUAAGUUCGAUCAAAGCAGUUAAUAACGGCGUCAUCCCGGGUUUGGAAACAUUUAACCAUUCUUUUUCACCACUUUUACCAACUCGCUGUUACUGGAUAAACGAUGACCACGAACAUAUUCUGGAGGGUUGUCUGUUAUCGCACAUUCUUUGCGUUGCGGCCGAAAGUAUACCACAGCCCUCACUGUGGCUGUUUAGAAUUAGCGAUGAAUCGAAAAACCAAACCAAUUGCAAGAAAACCACACCGUAUUCACUUAAUUCAUGCAAUCAGUUCAAGCACUAUAGAACAUUACUAUAGUCUAAGUAAUAAUGGUACCGGUAGUGGUAGUAAAGAUUGUAUUUAGAAAUGUGAAAAGUAUAAAGAUUUCGUUAUUCUGGAUCUAUGGGGAGUUAUGGAGUGUAUACACAUGCUCCAUUGCAAACAUUUUUGAACUAUGUCGCUAAAAUUCUUUAACAGUUAGGAUAAUUACACGGGCAAUAGCCAGAUGGUCUAAACUUAAUAAUAUUUCCCAGUUAAUGACCUCGUGGAUUUGUGCUGUAUCUCAAUUUAGCUGCCCGUAGCUCUCUUCCAGCCUACUCACACCAAAUAACAUUCCUCGCCAAAGUUGGUAGUAAUUAGGCAUACAUAAAGCAUGUCUCAAACACAGCUGGUAAAGACUCAAUACCCCAUCAGCCGACUUGCCAUCUUUACUCAGUAUCCUGUGCCUAACCUCAGCAUUGGUCAUUCAGUGGUCUCAGCAAUACCGUAAAGGCACCUAUGGUCAAACAGUGGUAACUCACAAAUAUCUGUUUUCAAUAGACAUGUUUCACACACUUGAAAUAAAAAAGGAAACUUAUCUGCAGUAAACCCAUUUUCUGGUUACCUACGCUAAAAGUGAACAGAGUUGCCAAAAGGCAGCCGAACUUUCUGAAUUCGUGCCGAAAUUAGAGUGGCGUGCGUGAAGAAAAAGGCCAUUAAAUAGAAGCCAUGAAAAGGUUUGUUUCUAAAAAGACAAUCGGCACAAGUGUCAUUCAAUCAAAAAUGCUUUUUUUACAAGAACACAAUAGGGAAUUACGUUAUAAUCACCCUUCUUUUCUAAGCCUGAUUAGUAAUGUACCACUCCGAAGAAAUGUACGGUCAUCAAUUACUAUGCAGUGAUAGAUGCUAACCUAAAAACCAGCUUUCAUUUUGUAAUAUGUCCCACUGAUCACUAAACUCAUGCAAUUGUUCCUGGACAAAAAUGGCAUACCCCCUCUCCAUUGGUACAUUGUAAAUCUCUUAUUUUCUGGUCAGACGCGACAGAGGAUAAUCUGGUGUGACAUUCAGAGAUUAGUCCAUUGUACUCAGUAUAACAGAAACUGGCAUAUUGAGCACAUAUAGUGGUAAGUUUUUACAUAUUAGAUUGACUUUGCGUGUUGUUAGAUAUGACAAUCACAAUGUUGCAGAAGUACUCAACAGUCUGUUUCCCACAAAUUAAAUUAGUCGUUAAAGUUUAGACUAACGUGACUAAUCGGUGUAGGGUAAACUUCGAUAUCGUUGACACGUUGCUACGUCAACUUUCUUAGGUAAUAUUUAACGAAGGAACGUAUUUACUAUAUAUAUGUAUGUAUGCUGGCUAUGUAUAAUUUACUUCUCCUUCGAAUUUCUUAAGUCUUUCUUUUUUGUUAUCUCGAUCGUGCUUUCAGUCUCUCUUGAGCGACUAAACGUUAUUUAAUAAUUUCGAGAAGUCACUAUUAAAUAUUUGAAUAUAGAGCCCUAGAAAAUAUCCGUGUGCGACCGUAUGGACCUUUUCGAGGAGAAAGUUCGUCUACAUGAAUCUACAACGGAAGUUGGUGGGCUGAUAAUAACUAAGUCGAAAGAAAAUUUCAAACAACCUCAAAAGUCCUUAUUUGGACUUGAUAAGUUGGCGGCAAAAAAGCGACAGGAAUCUGAGGAUCUUAAUCUACAGUUUAACAAGCGCGAUGUUACAAAUAAAGAAAGGUUCUAUAGGGAAAGGCGCGUUGAAACUCCUUCCAAUCGUGGGGGUGUUAGCAAAGAAUAUUUCGAUUCUCAGGCAAGAAGGCGUGAGCGUGACCAGAAAGAACGCUUAAAAACCGGUCUUGUAUCAACAUCCAGAAAAAUUGGUGAGAACUACUCAGACUCUCGAAAAUCAUCAGACUAUUCUCGCAUUGAAUUAGUCAGAGAAAAAGAAUCUCUCAGCACUCGACAUCGGAGAGAAGCAGAAUGGGAAGAUGAAACACCUAAUCACAGCAGUCGGGAAAAUAGAAGUACUACUGGAACAAGCAUUAACCGAUUUGAAACUCCUGAAAUAUAUAAUGUUGGGGGACGGUCUCCAGGACAUUCUAGCUGGGAUGAUUCUGGUUUAGGAUCUAGUCGAUCUACUACCCCUCGCACUACCGGAUCACUAGCUCGUAAUUCCAAUAAUGAUCGAUAUACCUAUACUCCUAUGCCUACUCCAAGUUUUAAGCAUAAUUCAUGGAUGCAAUCAAAUAAAAAUAACACAGGGAGUUCGGACUCCAGAAAACAGCAUUCGGGUCGUCAUACUCAUGGCCAGUCUUAUGCACAAGUUUCCAGUGAAAACGAAGGCGAUAGUGUGAAACCUGAUUCUACUGAGAUAGAGGAAGAUGGUGAUGAUAUUAAGGCUGAAAAUGAACGCUUAGAUCGUAAUUGGUAUCAAAUGGAUGAUGGCUAUGAUAAUGAUAACCAUCCGUUUUCUGACAUUCCUGAAGAGUAUGCUGCUAAAAAGGAACGUCAGUUAGCAGAACGUAAAAAACGACAUAAACAACGCUUAACUGCAAAAGCUGUCCAAGUUCAUAAAGAUAAUCAAGCAUGGGAACAUAAUCGUAUGUUAAGAUCUGGAGUUGUUCAACGAGUAGAUUUUGAACAAGAUGAAGAUUUCGAUGAAGAAGGUGAAGCUAGAGUUCACUUAUUAGUUCGUAAUAUACUUCCACCAUUUUUGGAUGGCCGAAUUGUUUUCACUCGUCAACCUGAACCUAUUAUUCCUGUCAAGGACCCAGAGAGUAUAAUGGCCAAAGUUGCGCAGAAAGGCAGUGCCAUAGUGAAAUACUUUCGAGAACAAAAAGAACGUAAAAGAGCACAAAAGAAAGAAUGGCAAUUGGCUGGUACGCGUAUAGGGGAAGUUAUGGGUAUAAAACCUCCGGAAGAACAGGAUAAUUGGACAGAGAAAUCACAUCGUGAUGCACAGACAUUUGCCGAUAAAGUAGGAGAUAUGAAAUCUGAAGCAGUUAGCGAGUUCGCUACACGAAAAACCAUUGUGGAACAACGACAAUACUUACCAGUAUUUUCCGUAAGGACAUCCUUACUGAGAAUGAUUAAAGAACAUCAAAUUGUAGUGAUUGUUGGCGAAACUGGAAGUGGUAAAACUACUCAAUUAACUCAAUAUUUACAUGAAGAUGGUUUCACAACUUAUGGCAUGGUUGGUUGUACUCAACCACGUCGUGUUGCUGCUAUGUCUGUUGCUCGACGAGUUGCUGAAGAAAUGAAUGUACGUCUAGGUGAAGAAGUUGGUUAUGCUAUAAGAUUCGAAGAUUGUACUUCUUCUUCCACUUUAAUUAAAUAUAUGACUGAUGGAAUUCUAUUACGUGAGUCACUACGUGAAUCUGAUCUUGAUCCAUACUCUGCAAUUAUCAUGGAUGAAGCGCAUGAAAGGUCUUUAAAUACUGAUGUAUUAUUUGGAUUGUUACGUGAAGUUGUUAGUAGGCGUAAUGAUUUACGUCUUUUAAUCACUUCUGCUACAAUGGACGCAGAAAGAUUUGCUCAGUUUUUCGGUGAUUGUCCUAUUUUUCGAAUACCUGGCCGAACAUUUCCUGUUGAUACACAAUUCAGUAAAACAACAGUAAUGGAUUAUGUAGAUGCAUCUGUGAAACAAGCAAUUCAGGUUCAUUUAGGCUCACCAACAGAUGGUGAUAUACUCAUUUUUAUGCCUGGUCAAGAAGAUAUUGAAGUGACAUGUGAACUAAUUGCUGAACGUUUGAGUAACUUGGAUGAAGCUCCUCCACUGUCCAUCCUCCCCAUUUAUUCUCAGUUACCGAGCGAUCUUCAAGCAAAAAUAUUUAUGAAGGCUGAAAAUGGUGUCCGAAAAUGUGUCGUGGCAACAAAUAUUGCUGAAACCUCAUUAACUGUUGAUGGGAUACGUUAUGUGAUCGAUUGUGGUUAUUGUAAAUUGAAAGUUUUCAACCCUAAAAUUGGUAUGGAUGCAUUACAAAUAUUUCCAAUUAGUCAAGCUAAUGCUAAUCAACGUGCUGGUCGUGCUGGUAGAACUGGUCCAGGAGUGUGUUACCGUUUAUACACUAUAAGUCAGUUUCAAGAUGAAAUGCUUAUCACAUCUGUUCCAGAAAUUCAGAGAACUAAUCUGGCCAAUGUUGUUCUUUUAUUAAAAUCUUUGGGUGUUCAAGAUUUAAUGCGAUUUCAUUUCAUGGAUGCUCCUCCACAGGAUAACAUAUUGAAUUCAAUGUAUCAACUAUGGAUUUUCGGUGCUCUUGAUAAUACUGGUAGUUUAACAAAUUUAGGUCGUCAAAUGGUUGAAUUUCCAUUGGAUCCAGCUUUGUCUAAAUUAUUAAUUAUUUCCUGUGAUAUGAAUUGUUCUGAAGAGAUUCUAACCAUUGUAUCAAUGCUCUCUGUGCCAAGUGUAUUCUACAGACCAAAAGGUCGUGAAGAAGAAUCAGAUAAUGCAAGAGAGAAAUUCCAAGUCCCAGAAUCUGAUCAUUUAACACUAUUGAACGUUUUCACUCAAUGGCGUAAAUCAGGUUAUUCAUCAGCAUUUUGUGCAAAACACUUUUUACACUUAAAAGCUAUGCGUAAAAUUCGUGAGGUUCGACAACAAAUGAAAGAAAUAAUGGAACAACACAACAUGAAUUUACAAUCGAUCGGCAGUGAUUGGGAUGUUGUGCGUGAAUGCUUGUGUGCUACUUUCUUCCAUCAAGCUGCUCGUAUCAAGGGUUUAGGUGAAUAUGUGAAUUUACGGACUGGUAUGCCUUGUCAUCUACAUCCAACUAGUGCUCUAUAUGGAAUGGGUUACACUCCAGACUAUGUUAUUUAUCAUGAAUUAAUUAUGACAACAAAAGAAUAUAUGCAAUGUGUUACAUCUGUCGAUGGUAAUUGGCUAGCUAAAGUUGGUCCUAUGUUUUACAGUGUUAAAGAUCCUAACCUUACUCGGUUGGAACGAAAGCGACAAGCUGAAGAACAACUCGUAGAAAUGGAAAAUGAAAUGCGUCUGGCUGAAGAACAGCUUUCUCGUCGACGUGAAGAACUUUCAGCAUCUAUUGGUUCAAGUCGUUUGCGACCAAUAAUUACACCUGGUAUGCGCACUCCUGGUACUCCUUUGGUGUCUAAACGUCCUGGCAGUAGACUUGGUUUAUAAACAUAUCUGUUGUACAAUUAUUAAUUAAUGUACAUAAUUUAUUUUUGUAAAAUAUUUUCAAAUAUAAAUUAAAAAUUCAUCUUUCAAAUAUAUUUAUCUUACCACAA